AUGCAACUUUGCGCACUUCUUUUUGUUUUCGUUAUUCUUGUCAGCUCAAUUUCUGCAUCAAUUUAUGACACCGCUGAUGAGUAAGUUCGAAUGAAGACUAUAGUACUCUAGAAAUUUAGUAAUUUCAGCACUUUCAGAGCUCCACAACAACUAGUCUAUCCAAAACGUGGAAGUUUGUCAAAUAUGAUGCGAAUCGGAAAACGAAACUAUGUGCAAAGCGAAUAUCCGUGCGAUAAUUGCAAUUUGGGAGCACUCAUUAGACUUGGAAAAUAG